UCAAGUCGACAAAAUGGAAGACAAAGAACAAAGCAACAUCAAAAAAUCAAACUUGAAACCCCAUCCCAAAGCAUCGGCUAAUUUCCUCUCCCAUUUCUUCUUCUGUUGGGAAUUACCUUUAUUCGUACAAGGCUGGAAGACAGAACUCACCGAAGAUGAUCUUUAUAAACCACUUGACGAAUACAAAUCUACCAUUUUGGGUGACAAAAUUGAAGAAUUAUGGCGACACGAAUUAUCAACAAGCAAAAAACCCUCACUUUUAAGAGUUUUGAUUAAAUUAUUUGGACGCGAAUAUGGAAUUUAUGGCUUGUACUAUCUGCCAUGCGAAUUGGCAACAGCUAUUUUACAACCCCAUUUUUUGAUCAAACUUUUGGAAUUUUACAUGCCAGGGAGUAAAAUGAACGUCAAGGAAGCCUACUUUUACGCUCUAGGACUCACAAUUUUGUGUUUUAUGCGAGUUUUAUUGAUCCAUUGGUUUACUUUUCAAACCACAGUUUUGGGAAUGAAAAUCAGAAUUGCCUGUUCCUCCCUUAUUUAUCGCUCUAGUCUCCAAUUGAAGAAAACCACAUUUGAUAAAAUCACAACUGGGCAAAUUGUUAAUUUAUUAUCAAAUGACAUAAGCAGAUUUAAUCAAUUUGGGCCCUUUUUACACUCCCUUUGGGUGGGACCAAUCCAGAUAAUCUUCGGAAGUUAUUAUAUUGAUAAGAUGUUGGGUCAUACGGCCAUUACUGGUAUCAGUAUCAUGGUAUUGUGUCUUUUAAUACAAAUGUAUAUUUUGAAAAAAAUAUCGAAACUUCGAAGACGAGUAGCUGAAAAAACUGAUUAUAGAAUCCGACUUAUGAACGGUAUAAUUUGUGGAAUUCAAACCAUCAAGUUUUACACUUGGGAAAAACCGUUUUUGGCUUUAGUGCAAUUUGCACGAAACUCAGAAAUUAAGGAAGUAACAAACGCAAACAACUUUCGACUUUUCAACAACAAUUUCAAAAUUUAUUUGUCAAAAUGUUCGGUUUAUUUGUGCAUUUUAGUGGUAGUUUUGACCAAAUCUGACUUAACACCCCAGUAUUUAUUCGCCAUUAGUAGCCUUUAUGAAAGUUUCAAACUAACAAUUACAGUUUUCAUCCCUUUAGGCAUUAUUAUGUUAUCGGAAACUUUAAUUUCGAUACAAAGAAUCGAAGAAUUUCUCUUACACGAUUUCACCCCUUUUGUGAAAAAAACUCCACGCGAGUCAAUUUUCACAACCCUUGCAAAUUUCGAGAAAAAAAAACCUAAAAUAACCCUUGAGAAAGUCACAAUCACACUUAACCGAACCGAAAUUUUAACUAAUGUCACAUUUGAGGCAACUUCUGACCAAUUUAUUGCCAUUAUUGGUCGAGCCGGAAGUGGCAAAACCACCCUCCUCCAAACCAUCCUCCAAGAAAUCAAACCCGAAUCCGGAACAGCAACAACCAUCGGAAAAAUCUCAUACGCCCCCCAAGAACCCUGGAUUUUCUCCUCAAGUAUCAAACAAAACAUCAUCUUCGGCGAGGUUUACGACCCUCGGAGGUACCACCAAGUGGUCAAAGCGUGUGGUUUGGAGCCCGAUUUCGCCCUCCUCCCGCAUGGAGACCAAACCUUGGUUGGAGAACGUGGAGUGAUGCUAAGCGGAGGACAAAAAGCCCGGAUUAAUUUAGCCCGAGCUGUAUACAAAAUUUCAGAUUUUUAUCUCUUCGAUGACCCCUUAUCGGCUGUGGACACACACGUGGCGAAAUGGAUUUACAACGAGUGUUUUUUACAACUCUUGGGAGGAAAAGGCCUCAUUUUGGUCACGCACCAAACACAAUUUGUGCACAACGUGGAUAAAAUCUACGUUAUGGAGAGCGGAAAAAUCACAUGCCAGAAAUUGGAAAAUGUGAAAAUUGAACACACAAAAGUGGUACAAGACACAAUUUUGAAAAAAUAUGAUUUGCAAAAGGAAGUCAAAGAGCAUAGGAGUCGGGGAAAUACCGAUCUGAAAAUCUAUGGCGGUUAUUGUAAGGCGGCUGGGGGUGCUUUUUUGACAUUUGGUGUCUUGAUACUUUUCGCGUUGGGACAAUUGUUUGGUAGUUUAGGGGAUUAUUUUGUCACACUUUGGGUUAAUUUUGAAAAAUCUGGAAAUUUUUUGACAAGGAUGGAGUGUUUGUAUAUUUACACGGGACUUGUUAUUUUGAUGGUUUUAAUAAUACAUUUAACAUCGACUUGUUUUACGUUUUAUUGCAUGAAAGCGUCGAAAAUUUUACACAAAAAUAUGUUAGAGAAAAUUGUUAAAAGUCCGAUAAAAUUUUUCAAUCAACAUUCUUCGGGACGUAUUUUGAACCGUUUUUCUAAAGACAUCGGAUGCAUAGACGAAUUAUUGCCCACAAGUCUCAUGAACAUAAUUACAGCAAUUUUCACCGGAGCUGCCAUAAUAAUUAUUAUAAUAAUGCUAAAUUAUUGGAUGAUUUUUCCGACAAUUUUCCUACUUUUGUUCACUCUCUUUCUGAGUAUUUUAUUUCAACCAAGCAACCGGAAUAUUAAACGCACUGAGGGAACUACCCAAAGUUUCAUUUUUUCGCACAUGUCAGCAACGCUUCAAGGCCUCCAAGUGAUAAAACCGUUCAAUUGUCAAAAACAACUAAUCGACGAGUUUGACAAUCAUCAAGACUUCCACACUUCAGCUUCUUACUUGUUUACAGCAAUGUUUUCAGCUUUUGGCUUCUGGGCUGACUUUUUCGCCGCUUUUUACACCUCUAUAGUCAUUUGGAGUUUUUUCUUUUUGGAAAAAACCCAAGCUGGUGAUGUCGGUUUGGCCAUAACCCAAUGUAUCGGAUUGAUAGGAAUGGUUCAAUAUGCGGUGAAAACCUGGAGCGAACUUGAUGCUUAUAUGACUUCAGUUGAACGCGUCGUGGAUUAUUCAGAAUUAGAACCGGAAAAAGACAAUGGAAAACACCAACCGGAGUUUUGGCCCCACUCCGGAAAAAUCGUUUUUGACUCAAUCACGUUGAAAUACGCACCGGAAGAUCCCCCAGUUUUGUCAAAUGUGAGUUUCCGGGUGAAUUCCGGUGAAAAAAUCGGGAUAAUUGGCCGAACCGGAGCCGGAAAAUCGUCACUAAUCUCAGUCCUCUUCCGCCUCUUCCCCUUCGAAGGGUCUGUCAGCAUUGACAAUAUUGACACUAAAACCAUCCCUUUGGAGACCUUAAGGUCACAAAUCUCGAUCAUUCCCCAAGAACCGAUUUUAUUUACUGGAACCUUGCGGAAAAAUCUAGAUCCCUUUGAUCAAUUCACCGAUGAGGAGUUAUGGUCAGCCUUGGAUGACCUUGGGCUCAAACCCACCAUUUCGGUACUUCCCCAAGGCCUCCAAAAUGAAGUUGGCGAAAAAGGGACGAAUUUUAGCGUCGGUCAACGACAACUCUUGUGUCUCGUUCGUGCAUUGUUGCGUAACAGCAAAAUAAUCGUCCUUGACGAAGCCACAGCUAACGUUGAUUCAGAAACGGAUGAAAUGAUUCAAAAAACAAUACGAAAAAAAUUCCGGGAGUGUACAGUUUUGACAAUUGCGCAUCGUUUGAAUACUGUUAUCGAUUCAGAUAAGAUUCUGGUCAUGGAUGCCGGGAUUGUGGUGGAAUUUGACCAACCGGAACGACUUUUGCAAAAUCCGGAAAGUUUUUUUUCUCGUUCUGUUGGCAAAAACUCUAAAUUUGUGUCAGCUGCAUUGCAAAAAUAA